CUAGCAAUGGCCCUUACACUCGAGUCAUUACCGGUAGAGUUGAUUGCAGGCAUCAUGGAACAGCUCGAUCUCGAGUCUCUCAUCACCCUUUCGUACCUCUCGCACCGUCUACAUCACAUCGCCUCCGACUUUUCUCUCAAUCCUUGGAGACGCCCGCUUCUGUCGAACCUUUUAUCAGGCAAAUACGAGAACUGUCUGAAGCAUCUAAGCGUUCGCUCCAUCGUACCCAGACAGAACUGGGUAGAGAUUCUCAGCAUGGCACGCUCCUCUUUCCUCCUAUUCGACGCCACCUUGCCGAAUAUGAAGGAGGUGGAAUGGGAGGAGUGUUUUAAGCGAAGGUUCCUUCCUGGAUGGCAAAAGUGGAAGAGAGACGGCAGCUGGAAGGAAGCCUAUAAGAAAGUGCUUUUCCGCGCAUGGCAUCGCAGUGAGACCUCAUGUACCACCGAUGAGGCCUGGACAAAGUAUAUCGUCCUCAACCGUAAUGGUUCGGCGAACGAGCUCGAAGCCUCUUCUCGAAGCUUCAAUCCGUUGGCCAUCUUCAAUGACAUGAAGCUGCAGUCUAAUCUUGCACACCUCGAGACUCACAUCAGACUCGUCGUUCAAUUUGCCGAUGUACGCAUCCUCGCUUUUGGUGUACUAAACAACCCGCGGGGCAAAUAUUCCGUAAAUCCCAAUGCACGGCGUUUCCUACAUCCCCCGGGCAUCGAAGGCUCGCUCGACGCAGAAGGCGCUGCUUUACCUCAAACUCCUCAAACAGCACGGUCGUCUCUAGACAGUCAGCUGAGUGAAGCCCGCUCAACAAGAUCAUCGUCGACAUCCAAUGACGCAGCCGCCCCAUCCAUGUCUUAUAAAGCACCGCCUCCUACUUACGAGCAUCUGAGCUAUCCUCUACCAUCCCAAUCCCAUGCAAAUUAUCCCUUAUAUACCCCAGGCGGUCAAGACAAACGGUGGUUGGGAGCUGGCUCACUUGAGGAAGGCGGACGACAGUGGGUCGGCGGAUUGAUGCUCAUCGCUCAGAUUACCGGCCCACACACAAAUAAGCCUUGGACCGAUGGACCGAUUUUCCAGGAUCUUGAUCUCGUCGUCGGACAAGGGAGGAGUCAAUAUGCCUCCUUCACCUGGGACGACCUUGUUGCGAUCGCUCCUUGGAUGGAGGAGCACAUCACAAAGAAAGUCGACGGACCGGGCUUGGGGCAUUGAACUCGAACACAAGAGAAUUACCGACGGUACACAGUACCUAUGCAGUGAGACUGACAGCUCGCCGGAGAGAUCGAGUCCAAGACUGACGGUGCAGAGAGCCUGACGACCGCUGUUGUUUGCGUUCUUCAGGAGUGUGGUUUCAUCUUUGUCUGUUUGGAGGAAGGAUACGUAUCUGGAUCUCUUAUCUUUCUAUUCACCUUUUAUUAUUAUUAUGUGGUGGCCCAG